CUGAGCUCACCCACAACUCACCCUCUCGCGCCGCAUCAGCUCAAAUACGAAGUUUCCCCAACCAACAUUUUCUUUUAACCCAACAACAUUCCGCUUGGUAAUAUACAAGAACAUCCCUCCAAAUGGAGGCAGCUUCCGCAAGAAUGGCGGCACGAGAUCGUUUCUCCAUGAUGGGAGAUCCGGGACCCUCCCCUCUCCAGCGAUAUAUCCAGCAAGCAUGCUCCCCCGAUAAUUAUGAGCCAAAUCUUGCUAUGAACCUCGAAAUUUCCGACCUUAUAAAUUCGAAAAAGGGAAGUGCGCCACGAGAAGCAGCUAUUGCAAUUGUCAAUUAUAUUAAUCAUCGCAACCCAAAUGUUGCAAUAUUGGCGCUUUCCUUGUUGGAUAUUUGUGUGAAGAAUUGCGGAUAUCCAUUUCACUUGCAGAUCGGUACAAAGGAGUUCUUAAAUGAAUUAGUGAGGAGGUUUCCAGAACGACCACCGCUCAGAUCGAGUAAAGUUCAAAUGAAGAUCUUGGAAGCUAUCGAGGAGUGGAGGGGGACAAUAUGUCAGACUUCGAGGUACAAAGAGGAUUUAGGUUUCAUUAGGGAUAUGCAUAGGCUAUUAAGUUAUAAGGGAUAUGUCUUCCCGGAGGUAAGGGUAGAGGACGCCGCGGUGCUCAACCCGAGUGAUGUAAGUUUAAUGGUUGAUUGAGGAUUAUUGGGACAGCAGACUGAUAAUAUCAUAGAAUCUAAAAUCUGCUGAGGAGAUGGAAGAAGAGGAAAAGGAGGCACAAUCUGCGAAGUUACAAGAAUUAAUUCGCCGUGGUGGACCGGAGGAUUUGCAGGAAGCCAACAGGUUAAUGAAAAUUAUGGCAGGAUACGAUACGAGGUCGAAAACGGAUUAUCGAGCGAAAGCCGCGGAGGAAGUUGGGAAAGUUCAGCAGAAAGCCAGAUUAUUGGAAGAACGACUCGAGGAAUUCAAGCCUGGAGAUAUUAUGACAGAAGGGGAUGUUUACGAAGAACUUGCCUCAGCUCUUCAGAGUGCGCAUCCCAAAAUACAGAAGAUGUGUGAAGAGGAAUCAGACGAUCACGAAGCUGUCGCAAAGCUCCUGGAAAUCAACGAUAGUAUCCAUCGUACUGUGGAGCGAUACAAGCUUAUGAAGAAGGGUGACGUGGAUGCAGCUUCAAAGAUUGCCAAGGGCACCCUUGGUACUAGCACAGGGGUUAGCAAGAAUGCCGCAAAUGAACUCUCCUUGAUCGAUUUUGAUGGCGAACCGGAGACUAAUGGAAGCUCUUCUACGAAUAAUGCUUCGGCGAGCAUUUCUCAACCAGGUGGUUUAGAAGAUGAUCUUCUUGGGUUGUCCAUGGGUGAUACUUCAUAUGGCGAAGGCGGUGGCAUCUCUCUUGGAUUUGGCAACAAUACCAGUAAGUUGUCCUUUAAAUAUUUUGAAACUGCCCUAUUAACAAACUCUAGACAUCCCCGGCCCAGCGUUGUUAUCUUCGACAACUGAAAACAGCACUGCGAAAGGACCUACGCCAACCAGAUCACCCGCUCCUUCAAAUUUACCUGUGAAACCCGAUUAUUCUUCGUUUUCCGCAUUUGGAUCCUCACAACCACCAUCGAAACCGGUGACUCCACAACCAUCUCUGUUACAGCAGCAACAACUGCUGCAACAGCAACAAGCUGCAGCUUCGAGACCUCCUCCCUCGAAUAUCGAUCCCUUUGCCGCUCUAACAUCGCCAUCAAGGCAAUCUACCCCUCAGCAGUCUGGCUCCAUGUUCGAUUUCGCGAACCCUAAACCUCCUGUGUCUCAUGCAGCAAAUACUCCGGCGCCUGCAGCAGAUGAUGAUGAAUGGGCAUUUUCAUCCGCCUUACCUGAGGGUCUUCCAUCUACAAACGAUCUAACCAUUAAUAAUACCAACCUCAAAAUAUCCUUAAAUGCUACCCGCGAACCUAUUACACCUGAAGUUAUCACUCUUUCCAUUGCAUUUUCAAAUAAUUCCAACGAACCAAUAUCUGAUUUAACCUUUCAAGCUGCUGUCACUAAGGUAUAUUGUUUUCUGUCUACCUUUAACUUGCUCUGAAGAUACUAAUAUCAUGUAUAGGGUUACACACUCAAAUUACAACCCCAAAGUGGUCGGAGGCUCAAUCCCCGCCAAGACUCGGGCAUCACUCAAAAGAUACACCUGCAAGGUGUAGAACACGGGAAAGGUGAUCAGGUGAAGAUGAGGUGGAAAUGUUCGUACCAACUUGGUUCUCAAAUCUCUAAUGAGCAAGGCGAAAUCGCGAGUUUAGGAAUUUGUUGAUGGAGAUGAUGAUUGAGAUGAAGCUGUGGAUAGCUGGAGUAGGAUGUCGGGGAAUUAUGUUAUGCGGCGGAACGUAUGCCUAGAUGUACGAAAGUUCAAGCGAUAUAGUUCAGAGUGAGGAGCAUAUUACAAUACAUGGAGGUUUCGGAUACCUGGCUACGGCCGAUAUUACCUGAAUUUAUUUUUAAAUUCCCUGCAACCCACUUUCACCUGUACUCUUUGUUUAUUGUC